AUGCCACUCCUCCGGCGUAAGCGGUCCUCUGCGAAUGUCGCGAUUUCGCAACCCACAGUACCGAAGAGCACACACAAGCAUACACGCUCGCUCUCAACAAGCAGUACCGCGCCGCAACUUCCGCCACUCAGCGCAAUCUCGCACUCGGCCCGGCUCGCUCCGACACCGAGCACCAGCACGAGCGAGGCAAGCGUACCCCCCUUAUAUGCGCGGUUCGCGACGAUGCAUCGUGGUGCAUCACAGGACGAACUGGGACCUACUUUGGGUUCGAAUGCAGGAACGGGAGGUGAAAGGCUGGGUCGCAGUACGAGUGCGAGUGUACGGGAGAAAGAGAAGAGGAGGGAGAGAGAAAGAGAAGAGGAGCGCAGGCGGGAGAAAGAAAAAGAGAAGGAGAGGGCAAGAGAACAAGAAGAAGAGCGCAGGCGAGAGAAUGAGAAGGAGAGGGCAAGAGAGGAGAGGAGAGAGCGUAGGCGGGAGAGGGAGCGUGAACGAGAGCCGACAAGGACGAAGGAAAAAGACAAGGAGCGUCUAAGAGAAACGGAUGCCGAGCGAGCGAUCAGGAAAGAGCGAGAACGAGAGGAACGAAGGGCGCGGAAGAAGGAGAGGGAACAUGAGAUUGAGCUGGAGGCUGAGCGCGAGCGGAAGAGGGAAAAGGCCCGAGAGGAAGAACAAGAGAGAGAAACGGAACGAGCCCGGCGCCACCGUGAUCGCGAGCGCAAGGUGAGCACCAGUAUAUCAUCAAGUGUUGGUGCAACCGACCCAGACGCACGGCGCACACGGCGGCCAUCGCACUCGCGUGCUGGCCCACCUCUCUCGCCGUCUGCCACGGCGCGCUAUGCAUACGCAGAUGUGGAAGCGCGAAUCACGGAGGCGCACACGCGCACACGCACGUCCUCGUCCUCAUCUCAACGGGCUGGCGGGACUGCGGGAACGUUCGCACUACCGACGCCGCCCUCGUCGAGCGCAUCGUCAUCGGUGCAGGCAAUGUCUACGCCAGGGUCGACGUUGAUGUCUUCGCCGGUGUCAACGCAGACAAUGUCGCCCUCGUCCUCAGCUCAAAUGAUGUCUCCCUCGUCUCUACGCCUACAACCAACGGAGGUGACCUUGCCGCCCGUCCCCGCGCACGUCAUGUCGCCUCUUGUGGGGGCAGAGAACGUCCGGGGGUUGGACGAUGUAGGGGAGACACUUUCAAAGAUGUCGUCGCCACCGCCACCGCCGCCAUUUGCAGAAACGCUUGCGCAGGUGCUGUUGUCGCCUCCUGCGCCGCACACCCUGCCUUUGUCUCCCCCCCCGCGGCCCGUGCCCGCACUGGCGCAGCCAGCGGACUCGCCUUCGCGUUCGUCUCAUGUGAAGACGCAGGACCAGCCAGUCGAACAAGCGGACAUCUCGACCCGCCAAUCGCCGGUGAAAACACAAGAGUUGCCAUUUUUGCCUGUGGACGUCGACCCGCGAUCGAAGCCACAGCCGCCGCUGCCACCACCGUCGCCGUCUCCGCCAGAGCAGUCAAAUCAUGAGCAGACAAGUCAGCUAAAAAGUGAAACACAACCACCCGCUGGGGUGCAUGCUGCGCUGGCCUCAAGCACAUCGCAGGGGAAGCCGCGGCGGAAGUACUCGUUGCUGGCCGCAUUUGGGCCCCUGCCAUCGUUUGGGCGGACCGGGAAGGGGCAAGGGCAGGAGAGCGGAGACGAAGGAGAUCGCGAAGAGAAGGCUCAGACGUCAAAGCUCCAGCACACCAAAAGCGACCCUUACGCUCAGAGGGCUGCUGCCUCUAGCUCGCGCUUGCGCGAACCGGUUCGAGCUGCCACAUCUCUCGCUCACCCACAGCAGGCUCUCUAUCACCAACAAACACAAAAGCAAUCGAAGUCAACGUCGCGCCCUGCCCCCGUUCCUGGUUUCCCAAAUUCCCUUUCUCAAGCUACCAGUACUCGACCUGGUCCUUCCCCGCAAGUAAUAGCUACUAGCCCCCGCUCGGUACAUAGGAAGCUCCCGCCCUCGGCUGCUUCAAUUUCUACUUCGACUCAGCCGCAUACAGCUAGUUCGUCCUUCUCGUCGGGCUCAAGUGCACAGCGCUCUCGGUCGCAUUUACCUCCGUCUUCAACUACAUCUCAUUCUGUCCCGUCUACGCAGCCAGCCGCACCUUCUCGUGUCAUUAGGAACUCUAAUGCCGACGUGACAUAUCCGAACGAGGCCGAUGUAGCGCGCCACUUUGAUACUCAUGUAGACGGUAAAAAUAUGGCGAAGCCUAUCGCCGCUGCAUAUCCCUAUGCGUAUCAAUACCCACAUGAGCAGGCUCUUCCACCAUUGACAACAUCUGGGUCUGUCUCACGAUACCCUGUACAUCUGCACCCGCAAUAUCAAGAACGAUAUGGGCAGCAGCAGCAACAUCAUCAACAUCGACAACUACACCAAAACUUUCAAGAUGUGGGUCCGAUCUUGGGUAAGCCGCGCAUUUUUGCUGCGUUGGCGACGGAUGAGCUUGAUAUGGGCAUGGGUGGACAAGGUGGUAGGGAGGAUGCUGUGCUCCCGCCUGGAGUCUACCAAGAGCCUGCAUUGGUGAAAGGCCGUCCACUGAUUUUCAAGGCUAUGUCAGAUCCCGACGCACAUCCGAUUCAGGCUAUCACGGCACAAGAGAUCGCUGUCGAUGACGCUCCGUAUAUGACCUAUUAUUCACGUGAAUUGGCUGAAACAUGUGCUCCAGAAAAAACUACGCCUGAUGAAAGCAAAAUAUAUGAACCUGAAGUUGCCGCUCGGAUAGCGGAGACGGAGGAAGACCACGACCCGACUAACGAUGUCAAUAACACCCACGAAGCGGAGGACCGGGAAGAUGAUUCCGAAGGCGCGCCGAGGGACUUCGAAAACACUUACGGAUAUCCGACCCCACGCUCACCGUCGCCCGUGCUGGAGUCUGACGCGGAGCAAGAGACGCGUGGGCGAGGUGACGCUGGACUCUUUGUACAUCGCGAAUCUAGUGGUAGCGGCAGCGGACACGGGCAAGGCCGUAGGCAAAGCCACUCAUUGCCUCCACCUACCCUGUCUGAGCACGAACACGGACGCGAGCGAUCUGCAUCUCCCCACCAUGACACGGAUGAAGAUGCUAUGCGGGACCCGAAGAGACAUAGGCGCCCGCGGAAGCUCAGCAAACCUCGCCGCGGACACUCGCAGGACACGCGCGGGCAUGCUCGCAGCGAGUCUGUCGACUCACAGAAAGAGGUGGGCCCAUUAGGAUCCCCAAUACAACUGCGAAUGGCACCGUCGGGGAGCUCGGUAGACUCGGAACGCACCACCGGGGCACGGGGGCUCGGAGCGGCGCUGGGCGGGAUUGUGGGAUUUGGCGUGAAAGCGCUGACGGAGAAGCAGGUUGAGCGACUCGGUGCACGCGCGGGAUCGAGCACGGAGCGGAGCAAGGAUGGGAGUGCGAGUGCGGGUACGGGUGCGAGUGCUAGUGUCGGUGCGGAGGUGCGUGAGGGCGCGGAUAUGAGGGAGGGGAGCCAACGAGAGAAGAAGCCAGCGAAGCUGAGGAAGGAGAAAGAGAGGCGAGGCGAGAAAAACGUGGAAGAGUGGGAGCAGAUCGAGCGGGAGGAUGCGAUGAUACCCGAGGCUGAUAGCCGGAGACGACACCCCCCGACGCCUGUGUCACCGGAGGAGUACGCGCGGGCGCGGUCGAUGCGGCGGGGAAUGCGACUAGGCAAGCUUUCAUUCGGCGCAGGACACGAUGCGAGUAUCGAGAUGAUACCGCCGAAACCAAGUGGGCCAUACCCGUUUGUGAGACACCUGAUGACACCCCCCCUACUAGCAGGGCUGCUAGCUCAUCUAACGUUUGCGGAAUGGUGCGCCGUCUCACGGGUGAGCAAGGCAGCAAGAGAGACAGUGGACAGGGAGAGGGAGCUGAGGGAAUGUGUGCUGGAGCGAUUCUUGUGUACGGUGGGUUAUGUGCGAUGGAUAUGGGGGGAGAAGGAAGGAGAUUUGGUCAAGCAGGAGAAAGAUAAAGAGCGAGGGAGAUCUGCGGUGAAAUCGAAGUCGGAGAAAGAGCCAUUGGUGCUCUCCCUCGGUGAUCUCCAUGCAUAUAUGCGCAGUGUGUCCAUACCCUCGCAUCAGUUUGCCAACUUCGCAACUUCCUACUUGCAGGCGAAAGGCGACAUAGACCAGCAAAUGACCGUCCAAGAUCUUGCUAGGGCAUGCCGCGCGUUCACUCGCGUUGUUCUCCGCCUCCGUGCUCAAGCUGAAAUACAGGCCAAAUAUGCUCCCCCACCUCCCGAAAACCCAGCUGGUAGUCCCCGUCUUAUGAGCCCGGUUACCUCACGGAGCCCGUCCAUCAAUCACUAUCGCGGUAUGUCACGGAGUUCGAGCCGCGCGCCUUCCCCGUCGUCGUCCUUCUCCCACUCUCAUUCGCCAUCAUACUCUCAGUCUGUGUCUGCUCAUGUUCAGGCGCAAUUCUCACCGCGUACGCGCAGCUCGCGUGGGCGGGAGAGCGUCGCCCCAGGCGGUUUUCACUCACCCUUGUUUCGCCUCCGCCGCGCGCCACUUUUACAAGUGUUCGUUCCGUCCCCAGAGGGAGAAUGGUUAUCGGAUGAGAGCGUACUUGCGUGUGAGAACGAACUUAGGGGAGCGGGCGUGAUGCAUUUAUUGCGAGCGGGGGAUGUUGUGUGGGAUGUCGCUGCGGGCGAUGAGGCAAACACGGGCAGGAUGGUGUGGGAUGGGAGCUAUCUCUUGGACCUGGACUACACCUGGUCGAGGACUGGCGACCUACCGUACUAUCUCCCGACGCUGGCGUUUCCGCCGUCGUAUUUCCACCGCGUCAUACGCACCCCGGGGAGUGGGAAUCCGAUUUGUCACAUCGACAUCUCGCCGUGGGGGGGUGAGGUUGCGGCAAAUCUACAGCUUAUACAAGAUAGGACCAAAACCGAAACGCCACAAGGUAGUCACCACACAGUAGUGCGCUGGGUCCACCGGUCGUCAUUUUCUGUCCGCCCGUCUGCACCUGACAAGCCCAUCAUCAUUGCUGUCCCCUCAUCAAUUCCUCUCGGCCCUCAACCCGGCGGUACCUGGUAUGUUGAUCGCGGCUGGUACGGCACGGUAAUAGUCGAGGCGGAAGGCACAAAUGAGGGCCUGGCAGACUUACAGGCACGGUGUGGACGAGCCUUCCCGCCACGCGCUGUUGGUGCGAAUCCACGUCCGAGUACGGGCGGGAAAGAUAAGACGCCUGGAGGGAGCAUGGUAUUCCGAAUCUUGCGAGAGAAGAGGUGA